AUGAAGCUUCUUGGUAACGCCUCUAGGCUACUCUGCACGUUGUUGGCACUAGUAGUAGUAGGGUCUUCGCUCCCUACUAUGAUUGAUAUCUCCGCAGAGGAAUUCAUGGAUCUGAAUGAGGUUAAAGUGAGACGUGAUGGCUCCUUCAUCAAUCAGACGGAGUCUACGGACCUGUUCUGUGGUCUAUGUAGGCGAUACUACCACUAUACAAAGUUGGAACACGGAAACCCACACCAGAACUUCGUCAUCACUCAGAAGGGCGGAACUCUUGUGGCUUGCGACACCUCCCUGGUGUCCACUGGUACUGGUUACUCAACCACACUUGAAUGGAGCUUGAAUCUAGGCGUUAACUCAGCGUUCUCGUCUGUUGGGUUCGACGUCUCAGAGUCUGAGACCUACUCAGUGUCAAAUUCUUUCGAGUGCAAUGGCGUCGCUGCUGAGAACGGGGACAUAUGUGUUCUCUUCUAUCAGGCUGUCACGGCGUUUACGGUGAAUAUGAUGGAAGUUUUGGAAUGCCCUUGUGGAGGUAGUAGCUUUCAUGAUUGGGGAACUGCCAUUGUGUAUGCGCCUAAUGCGAAUCAAGUUGGCAGCAUAGCAGGAAGAGGCAUCAAUGUAGUGCAACAUGGUGUUAAACAGUGCGUGGGUGACUCUGACAGAAGGGUCAACUACUACUGCGGACCUCCUGGAGGCCCUAAAUGGUGGAGAGGCAGGGCUCAAGGUCCUUGGAUUGAGGAUUAUGUGAACCAACGUGAACCUGCCGGCUGUGCUAUCCCCAUUGAAGCCAACAGGUAUACUGAUUGA